AUGACACCAGCCUACAUUCUGCUGCUCUUCUUUCAGUGCAGCUGUGUCUCAGGGCAGCUUGUAUCAGGAUAUAACUUCAGUCCUCUGGCUAACCUGGCAUUGAAGGUUUCUGUCGAUGAAGUCAACAGGCAGUCCAGCAAUUUCAACCUGCACAGGCCAACCAGCAGUGUGGUCCGACAGAUCACACCGGGACGUGAUAAUACUUAUGAUAUCCUGCUUGAUUUUGGAAUAAAGGAGACAGUCUGUCCGAAAUAUACCAGGAGACCAUACAGGAAUAGUUGCCGUUUCAAACAGGGACGUCUUGCGUCAGAGAAACUGUGCUCCAGUCUUGUGCGUGUUGGCAGCAUGUCUGUAGCUCCUCUGGGCAUCAGUUGUAUGGCUGCUUUUGGGUCCAGCUCAGAGUCCAGCAGUGAAGAGGUCAUUAUCCGGCGGACAGGACGGGUGGGCUCUUUGUCUUAAGGAGUCAUUCUGUGUCAAGGAGAGUUUAACUGUUCCAGAUUACUAUUGUGAUUUCAUAAAACGUGAUUAAAAUAGACAGACAAACAGAUAGACCUCCAACUGACGUUUCAAAUAAAACAGUAACUUUACAUGAGAUUGUUCUGCUUUAAAAAGGUUCAUUUUCAACCAAGAAAAUACUAUAAUCAAAUAAUUUC